AAGAUAAUUCAAGCCCUAUUCUGUAGAUUACUCAGGAAUUCGUUGUAUUCAUAGAGGGGAAUGGCCACGAAGGAAGGAGAAAAUAAGGAGAUAGGAGAGACUUUUGAUGUAAUUAUUGGAUACAUUGAGGAUAUUCUCAUGGAACCCAAAUUCCAAGAAACGCAACAAUAUUUUUUGGAGAAAUAUUGGAGAGAGUUCGACUCAGUCGAGGAAAAUAAGUUGAUUUAUAUGAACAUCUUCGAUGAGUAUCAUAAAGCGAUUGAAUCGUAUAUUGAAGAAAGCCUGAAGAGAAUAAUUCCUGGUUUUUCUAUGGAUUCACUAGUGAAGCAACUCAGUGAUCGUAGUCCUGAAUUGGAUGGAGAAGUCUUUGAAGUUCUUGAAACAUUCACUGAUUUUUUGGCAUUCAAAGACAUGAUUUUGGACUACAGGGCGAUGAAAGAAGGUAAAGUCCAGGACCUCAGCAGUGGAAUUUCCAUCACCCCAAUGAGAUUUUCAGACUCAGACGAUAACGAAGGCUGAAAGGCUCGAAAAUCUUCACAAAACCAAAGACUCCGUCCAUUAAUUACACAU